CUGCUCCUCCCGCUGCUCCUCACUCCGCCGGCUCCUCCUCUGGUCACCUCCUCCUCCCAGUCCUCCCGCCGCCUCCUCCUCUGGCCGCCUCCUCCCGCUCCUCCCGCCGGCUCCUCCCGGGGCGGGCGCUCCGGCCGCGGCCGUGUCAGCCCAGCCACGGCAGCAGCGAGCAUGUCCUCCAGUAGGGCCAAGAAAGUGAAGAUGGCCACCAAGUCCUGCCCCGAGUGCGACCAGCAGGUUCCUGUUGCAUGUAAAUCAUGUCCCUGUGGCUACAUAUUUAUCAGUCGAAAACUCUUGCACGCUAAACGUGCUGAGAGAUCACCACCCAUCACAGAAAACAAGAGUGAGGCCAAAAGGAGGCGGACAGAGAGAGUUAAGCGAGAGAAGAUAAAUUCUGCAGUAAAUAAAGACUUAGAGAACCGAAAGAGAUCCAGGUCUAACAGCCAUUCAGAUCAUAGCAGACGAGGAAGAGGAAGACCUAAGAGUGCCUCAGCGAAAAAGCACGAGGAAGAAAGAGAGAAACAAGAAAAAGAAGUUGACAUGUAUGCUAACCUUUCAGAUGAAAAGGCCUUCGUAUUUUCAGUGGCCUUGGCGGAAAUAAACAGAAAAAUUAUCAAUCAAAGACUUAUUCUGUAACUUGUGAGCACAAUCUGAUGCAGUUUUAUGCAGGAUGGCUAGCAGAUUUCCAAGGUGCCAUGGACUCUCGGGAAAUGUGUUGUCUGCACCAACAAGGACCGUAGUAUUUCCUGUUAAAAUUCUACUCCUGUUCUUGGAAAUAGAAUUCUGUCUCUACAAGUCAGAAAGAAAGCGGUCUCAAGAUUAUGCUGUGAAAAAUCAGAAAGCAAAUAUGUUUUACGCCUUGAAGACAAAUGCUAGACAAAUGCACAGAGAGACUGCACCCAUCCCAGAGCACUUCUUUUGAAUUUGCUGCCAGAAAUGCAAUAUUUUAAAUAUUUUCAGAAAUAAAUGAUUUUCUUUUAAAAUUAUAUAUUUCAGAUUUUUCAGCUAUAUUGCAGUUUAUGUAUGUACAGUUCACAUAACUUUUUAAUAAAUUGAUUUCCAGUAUUUUAUUGAACUGAGAAUUAAGUACAUUUGUGAUACUCAGGGUGUGUUGUUUUAAUCCUCUUACAAAUCUGGUAUUCAUCCUGGGUAUGACUUCAGUUUUACAUUUUUAAUAGGUGUGAUAUAAUUCUGGUAGGAAAAAAAUUACAGUAGUUUCAUUUGGGAGGAUUAUUUUGUUAGACAACUUCAUAAUUUUUAUUAAUUAUCUCUAGAAAAUAAUUUCUUGCUCCAUAGAGUUGUUUUCUAAAAACCGUAUACUUUGGGGGUCCUGAAGUUUGAGAGCCAAGCACUUGUUUUGUAACAGUUAUUUGCUGAGUAUCUGCCUUGUUCAGCUGUAAGUUCUUGUCCUGUACUCUUUCUUGGCCCAUUAUUUACUGGAAAGGGAGAGAAGGAGACAUCAGAAAUGUAGAUCUGCAGUUGGCAUCUUGUGAUUGGUAUUUCCAAAACACGAGGAUGUGGUAGUUCUUUUUAUUACCCAUAGCUUUUUUUUGUCUGUCCUUUAAAAGCAUAAUUCUUACUGGUAUUGUGUUUGGAUUGCUGACUGUAAAUACUAAAGCAAAGUCUGAGUGCAAAAAUCAGCUGUUUUGAUAGAAACAAUCCUUUCCUGGGGAAGACAUUCAACAAAGUAGUCUUUCUUAAGGUGGUAUAGUGCAAUUGCAGCCAAAACUCUUCCUUUAGUACUGUAUGGGGGCUGUAUUUUACCAAAAAAAACCAGCUCUCAAAGCCUCAAGCUGUGUAAAAUCCUGAGGGGGGAGGUGUAGGAGAUAAUUACAUUCAUAAAAUCUGACGCACUGGGGUUUAGUCACCUUUCAUUUGCUCUAUUGUAGGAGGGGGAAUGCAACUAAAUGUCUUUUUCUUCAGUAUUACUGGAGCUUUUCAAUAUCACAUUGAAUAAUGAGAAUUGCCCAAUGAGGUUCAGCUACAGAACUGAUCCCUGGGUGGAAGCCAAGAUAUUUAUUAAUAAAGGUGGACUAUCAAAUACAGGCUGUUGUUAGUUACUGAUUAACAGAAGGAGCCGUGAUAGCUUCAAGUUAAGCCACAAGGCACUGAUCAAAUGCAAACCGUGUAAGUAAAAGCAGGAAGCAUGGAAAGUGGUUUUUACUUCUUAACUCCUAAGGAGUAAUUUGCAUCCUUAUUAACACUGGAUGAGAGAGAUGGUGUGGAAAUGUGCUUAGGCCACUAAAACACAUUUGUCUUUAUUCCAGUAAAUGAGAAACUGCAAAUACAGGACCUACUACUCUGCAUCAUUAAACUUGUGCUUCCCAGAGCUGUAGCCUGUCACAGAUACCAGUAGUAAGAACAGGUUUCUAUCUCUGCUCCUGCACAUGGAAUUCAUUACCAUCACAGGAUUGAAGUUAAUGUUGUUGGAUGUGACAAAACUAAGAAAGCUUAAACCUGCUUUCACCAAACUUGUUUAAAGUUCUAAGCCCAAAACAUGGUUCACAUGAAUCAUUUGGUGUCAUCAUGCAGCAUUUCCCCAGGAAAAGGUCAGGUACCUCUUCUUCAUCUUCCCCUCACUCCCUCCAAUAAGCUGCUUUUUUUUUUGGUGGUGCUUAAUUUCAUACUUCAAACCUGGGCUCUGUCUUUGUUUAUUGCCUUUGGUAUUCUACUGUGUGUUAUUUCUCUCAAUUAUAACUUACUAAUUUUAUUAACAAGAGUUAAGAAUUAAAUACUAUUUUUAAUCCUGCACAGCAUUGAGGACCAUAAAAUGCUGUUAAGAACAGUGAGUGUUCCAGAUACCAGGAGUACAAAUAUUAAGUCUGGCAGUUUACCAAGUUUCUGUGGUGUCUGUUUUGUCUUGGAACAAACAACUUAUGAAUAUU